AUGUUAGUCGUACUGAUCACUGGCAGUCGCUUGCGAUGGCUCGGACCACGUAUCACUUACUACAACCAAGCCCCGCAGCAGAACUGUCUGGAAUCGCUUGGACAGAAUCUUUUCUGCAAGGGAUUUGCAGAUGCCAUGCUUGGCAUUGUGCUUGCAGCGGUCAAGAUCGAGACCAAAGUUGAGAAGUGCAUGUUUUGA